UCUCUGAGCUGAAAACGUCAGAUCGCCAUGUUAUACAGUAAAAAAGUCCUGCCGGAGCGAACCGAGAAUUCCAUAGGAAAAAAACAGGACUCUCGCGGAAUUGCCAGCCUCAGCUCUCCUGCUGGGAUCGCAUGAACAGCCGGACACUGAAAGAGCAGAGAGCAUGGAGUCCCAGGUGAAUUUGUGUGUGAGCUGUAAUGGAGAAUCCCAAAACUUUCUAGUGUCUGACUCUGAAAAUACAACUUGGGCUGACGUGGAGACAAUGGUGCUUGUCUCUUAUGAUCUGAAUGACAUCCAGAUAAAGUACAUGGAUGAGGAUAAUGAAGAGGUGUCUGUGAACAGCCAAGGGGAAUAUGAAGAAGCUUUAAAGAGUGCAGUGAAGCAGGGAGGACUUCUUCGAAUGAAUGUGUAUGAAAAGCAACAGCCUAGCAAGAGUGAAGAGCCUGCAAACUUUGCAGAAUUGAAACCACUGGAGCCCAAAAACUCUUCUGCUGUCACAAUUGGAAAGAGACCACUGGGGAAUUAUUCCUUGUUGGCAAGGACAAUGGGGCAAGACAUUCAGAUGGCACAAGCUUCCAGUAAUGCAACGAGUGCAGUGAAUCAAGGAGGACUUCUGCAAAUGAAUGUCUAUGGCAAGCAACAGCUUAGCAAGAGUGAAGAGCCUGCAGGCCGUGAAGAACUUAAUAAACCCCUGGAGUCAAAAAUCUCCGCUGCUGUCACAAAUGGAAAGAGUCCACUGGAGCAUUAUUCUAUUCUUGCAAGGACUUUGGGACAAGAAAUGCAAAGGGCAAGAACUUCUAGUAGUGCAGAGGAGCAGCUUGCACCAACUGAGACCAAGGAAUCAACUGUAAUCCCACCAGACUGGUUUGCCAGUUAUAUGGAAAAAUUUAAGGAACAAAUCAUACUUGAAACAGUGGAAAGGGUGACCCAGUCUCUAAGAGAGAACUCGAUAUCCGACUCCAGCAGCUACUCAUCGAUAGAUAAAGAUCCAGGAAGGCCCGCUCUUCUUGAAGAUCUGUAUGACUGGCAUCUGCUGUGCAUCAAUUGUAAACAACAGAUAAUUGGGAUACGCUAUCAGUGCAGCACAUGUGUAUCCUUUAGCAUCUGUGAGCAUUGUGAAGCUGAAGGCUGCGACCAUGACCCCAGCCACCUAUACUUAAAAAUGCGGAGACCAGUAGAGGCCAGAAAAGAAAGCCUUCUUUCUUACCUUGCUACCCCUAAAGAACAAUCCAGAAUUCCUAUGCAGCCAUGCCCACAGAUCAUUCCCACUGUCAGUGCCAUCUUUGUGGAUGAAAACUUACCUGAUGGAACACAUCUUCAGCCGGGGACUAAGUUUAUCAAACACUGGAGGAUGAAGAACACUGGGAAUGUUAAGUGGAGUUUAGAUACUAAGCUGAGGUUCAUGUGGGGAAACCUGACAUUAGCAUCCACUUCAUGCAAAGAAACUCCAGUCCCUUCCCUGCUCCCUAAUGAGGUGGGAGUUUUGUCUGUAGAAUUUAUUGCCCCAGCGCUGGAGGGGACCUACACCUCCCACUGGCGCCUGUCACAUAAAGGAGAACACUUUGGACCACGAAUUUGGUGUAGCAUCAUUGUGGAUACUAUUGCGUGUAAUGACAUCCUGGAGCAUACAGUGAAAGGCCUUUCUACCAGGGGGAUUAACCAACAAGAGGAUGUUUGCACUGGAUCUACAAACCAGAAUGGAGACUCACUGAUCCAGGAUUUGGCCAGAGCCCCCACUCCUGAGACAAAAAGGAAUACAAACUCUGACAGAAUACUGUACAUUCCAUCUGUGGAUCUUCUCACUGCUCAGGAUUUGCUCUCAUUUGAGUUGCUGGACAUAAACAUCGUCCAAGAACUGGAACGUGUCCCCCAUAAUACUCCUGUUGAUAUGACUCCCUGCAUGUCUCCUCUGACACACGAUGGACCAUUAAUUGAAAAUGCAGGUUUGGGACAAACAGUAGAAGAAAGUGAAAUGGCUUCACAGAAGACGCAUAAUGAGUGUGCCUUUAUUCCAGGACUAAGUAAGUCCCCCGAAAACAGAGAGAACCCAGUGGCACAGGAUGAAGAUAUCAGCGGAACUCAGUUUGUGUGCGAAACCGUGAUAAGGAGUCUGACGUUAGAUGCAGCACCAGAUUACAACCUGCCACAAAGGAAGACCUCACCCUGCAGUUCACUACAGUCUAUGCCACAUUCAAGUUGUGACUACAGCGUAAAGCAUGAAAAGACUUUAGUUCAGAAUUCCUCUGCACUCAGUUACUCAGACCCCGUAGAACAUAAGAAUGUGGAUGCUGGAAACCAACAGGAGACACUUCCUACAGAGCCAUGUCCUGUUGAUUUAUAUGAACAAAACAUGAAGGAAGAUACUAACGAUGAAACAGGGAGCCAGGGAUCAUGUGAUUCUACAGAGGACUACAUCAUUAUCCUUCCUGAGUGUUUUGACACAUCUCGCCCAUUGGAAGAGUCCAUGUACAAUUCAGCUCUUUCUGAGACAGGAUGCGACACGGAAAUAAAGACAGGGGCAAAGGAAGAUGAAGACAAUGGACAUCAGUCCCCAUUGCACAGCAUCAAUGACAUUUUCACUAUAUCACAAACCUUAGAUACUGUCCCACUUACACCAGAAGUGAUGAGACCAUCACCCCAAACAAGGGCACUGCAGGAGGCUCCAGGAGCUGCUUUAUCUCUGACAACAGAAGCUGAACCUACAACCAUCAGGCAAUCCUUUCCAGAGCAAAAAAACCAAGAUUCUUCAGAUGAAAAUGCACCAGCGUUAGAAACUACCGCUUUCACCCCAGCACCCAAUGAACAGACUGAACAUCCAAGAGCUGUCAGCAUUGCCGGCGGUCUUGUAAAAGGAGCUCUGUCGGUUGCUGCGUCUGCUUAUAAGGCUUUAUUUUCCGGUCAACAGGAGACAAAUCUGCCAAGAAAUUCAGAAGAACAAGAAAGAGCAAUGAUGGCUAUUCUCUUCGAGAUGGGAUUCUGUGACCGGCAGCUCAACCAACGCCUGCUACGCAAACAUGACGGCAACCUCAUGGACGUAGUGACUGAGCUGAUCCAGAUCAAUGACAACGACUGGUACUCUGCUCGUUACUGAGCCAGACAAGGGAGCGCAGUUCUGUCAUAAGUCAUUGAAGUUAAAAAGAUGUGUCUUGCUAGCACUGCACAUCUGCUUUUUUUUCUAUUUGACCCUUCAAUUUCCAUCUGUCUUUCAUUCUACCUAUCACACGUCACUGAUGGUGAAUUGUGGAGUAAAGAGAUAACUGUACCUUCUGCUAAAAUUCUAUGGAAGUACAAUCUGUGCAUCAGAAAGUGUUUCGAGCUAUAUGGAUAAACGUGCAAUGUGCUCCCUCUGGUUUUGGCUGACACAGACUUUGUGUUGCCAGAUUGCCUGGCUGAAACUGGAAUAGGGAGUAUCAAUAUACAGUAUGGAAAUCAGCUUCCAAACUUAUUAGGAAGUAAUUCUAUUACCUGAAGCAACAUUAAUUUAAAGGCUCAGAAUUUGUGUUUCUUGGAAUACUGAAAGAGUGUGCUGUCUGUGGAGAUUAAAUUUAAGGGCAAUAAUGGGAUAAUCCUGGCAAGAUCACACUGAUUUGGUGGAGCGGAAAAUCUGCUUUCGUAAAACUGAAAUUUUAGAUUGAGUAUUUGUGUAAAUAGAUGUGGGGAAAAGAUGAUUCAUUAGAUGAGCAAAUAGAUGAAUACUGUAAUCAGGAGCCACUUUUGGAGUAAUCACCAGCAGAUGAAUAAAAUACUUAUCUUUCACCCAAA